UGUCAGUGGACAGUCUUUCUGUCACGUACUUGCGUGUGUUUCUUCUGGCUAGCUGUGGUGUUGCGGUGCAAACACAUUUUUCUCGCUAGUUUUUUGACUCGGUCCGUGCUGGUUUUUGCAUAAAACUUUUCGCGAAUAAUCGUUGCAUAUAUGUGUAUCGAUUUACGGUGGUAAAGUUGUGCUAACUAUUGCGAUUCGAUUUACCCGUCGGGUGCGCCGUGUCUCGUCGCCGUCGUGAAGUUCCGUUCUGUGCGGUGUUUUUUUUUCUCAGGUGGAAAAGUGAUUGCGUUGCGUUUCUCGCCGUGGUAAAGUGGGAAGGGAUUUUCAGCCUCCCACAUUAGAGCGAUUCAGUAGUAGGUAAUUGACCGGAAAGGUUCACCUGCGCUUCCCGUGUGUGUCUUCAAGCUGAGUCCUUCCGGUAGCAAUCGUCAUCAGCAGCAUCGUUGGUGGAGUUAUCCCGAAGUUCCGAGUCGACCGAGCAAUAAGCGAUGGGUAAGACGAAGAAAGGCAAGAAGGACUCCGCCGCCGUGGCCGCCACUGGCGAGGAUAAUUCUGACGUUGAGGUGAAGCAAACCGAGCUGACCGAGACGGAGGUAGAGAACCGCAAGAAUGAUAAAAAGAAGAAGGAGAAAAAGUCCAAGAAGAUCGAAAGUGAUGGCGAACCGGACGAAAACCUAGAGGAGGUGGCCGAAGCGGUCAAGAAGCUGGCCGUCGGUGGGAAGCAGCAGGAGAAGGAGAAGAAGAAAGCUCCUAAGAAGGCUGCCAAAGAGGAUGAUGAUGACGAUGGUGGUGAGGAAGAGGAAGAUGCAGGCAAGAAGGCUAAAGGCAAGAAGAAGGGUAAAUCCGUUGCUGGUGGACCGGUCGGAUUUUCCCUGCUGAUGGCCGACGAUGAUGAUGAAGAAGAUGAAGUGCAGGAAGCCAUCCGGGAUGAUGAUGAGGAAGAAGAUGGGGCUCCCAAGAAGGGAAAGGCCAAGGCAGGCAAGAAGCAACAGGCUAAAGAUGAAGAUGAUGAGCCUCAACAAAAGGGUAAAAAGGCCAAAAAGGGAAAGAAGAAGAAGGGUGGCGACAGUGAUGAUGAGGACAUUGAAAAGAUGCUCGCCGAAUUGGAAUUGGAAUACUCUGGAGUGAAGCCACCUCCAGGCGAAGAAUCUGCCGCUCCGGAGCAGAAAGAACCGGAGAAGAAAAAGGACAAAAAGGAUAAGAAAAAGAAGGAAGAAACUCCGGAGACGACGGAACCAGUCGAGGAGAAGGUCGAUGGAGAGGUUCACAUUAAAACGGCAGCCGAAAAGCGUAAAGAGAAAAAGGAACGUCAGAAAAAGGAAGCUCAAGCUGCUAAGCAGCAGGAAAACGAUGCUGAGCCUACCAAGCCAGAGCCUGAAAAAGAGACAAAAGAAUCGACUCCAGCUCCGGAACAGGAUGAACCUGCUGCUCCAGCUGCCGGCGAAGGCAAGAAGAAGAAAAAGAAGGCCAAGAAAGAGGAAGGCACCGAAGUUGCUGCUGAAGAAAAACCAGCUGAACCAGCAACUGCGAAACCAGCUGAAGAUGCAAAGGCUGGCGACGCUGGUGCGGACAAGAAAAAGAAAGGUCCUAACAAGGCUGCCAUCGCCCUGAUGCAGGAACGUUUGAAAGCGAUCCGCGAGGAAGAAGAACGUUUACAACGUGAGGAAGAAGAAAAGCAGCGCUUGGCUGAAGAGGCGGAGCUUUACCACCAGGAACAGUUGCGUUUGGAGCAGGAGAAGAAGGAACGCAAGAAGCAGAAGGAAAAGGAGCGCAAAGAACGGUUGAAGGCCGAAGGAAAGCUUCUCACGGCCAAGCAAAAGCUAGAUCGCAUGCGUGCUCAGGCAAUGCUGGAAGCGCUGAAGGCUCAAGGAGUGGAAAUUCCAGAAGUCGGCGUUGAGAAAAAGGUUCGUCCGGGAACCCGACUCCGUCCAAAGAAGAGGGAUGACGCUAGCAAGGAAGCGGAAAGUAAGGAAUCCAGCCCCACUGAAGAGGAACUGAAGGCAGAGGCUCAGAAGGUCGAAGAACCCAAGGACGAAGUGAAAGAAUCUUGGGAUGCUUCUGAUAGUGAAGAAGAAGAGCCAGAAGAAAAGAAACCCGACAAACCGGCAAAGAAGGAAGAUUCGAAACCAUCUCAAGCGGCUAAGCGAGCCAAGAAGGAGGAAUCCGAAGACGACGAAGAUGACGAGAGUGAGUCUGAGGACGAUGAUUCGGAAGAGGAAUCGGAUAGUGGAAGCGAUUCGGAAGAAGACACCCGUCCAGAGGCGGAAAAGAUGCGCCAACGGGCCAUGGAACGAAUCGCCAAAAGAACGCAGGAUGCUGAAAAGAAUAAAUCGAUUGAUGUGCUGCGAGCGGCUGUUGUUUGCGUACUGGGUCACGUAGAUACGGGUAAAACCAAGAUCUUGGAUAAGUUACGUCGGACUAAUGUUCAAGAUGGUGAAGCCGGUGGAAUCACCCAGCAAAUCGGAGCUACUAAUGUUCCGAUCGAAAACAUUAAGGAACAGACUAAGUUUGUCAAAGGCUACGGCGAUACCACGUUCAAGCUGCCAGGUCUGCUCAUUAUCGACACACCCGGUCACGAAUCUUUCAGUAAUUUGCGUAAUCGAGGCUCCUCGCUCUGCGACAUAGCAAUCCUUGUUGUCGACAUUAUGCACGGGCUCGAACCUCAAACAAUUGAAUCAAUCAAUUUGCUUAAAUCCAAACGAACCCCGUUCGUAGUAGCUCUCAACAAGAUCGAUCGUCUGUACGAUUGGAACACCAUGAACCGCAAGGACGUUCGGGACAUCAUCAAGGGUCAAGCUUCCAACACAAUGCUGGAAUUUCAGCAGCGUACAAAGGAAAUCAUCGUUCAAUUUGCUGAACAGAGUCUCAAUGCUGCCCUCUACUAUGAGAACCCGGAUCCCAAAACGUACAUCUCCCUAGUUCCUACGAGUGCCAUCAGCGGCGAAGGUAUGGGCAAUUUGCUAUUCCUGAUUGUGCAGUACUGCCAGAAGCAGCUGGCCAAACGGUUAGUGUUCAGCGAAGACCUCCAGGCAACGGUGCUGGAAGUGAAGGCAAUCCCCGGUCUCGGAACGACAAUCGAUGCCAUUCUGAUCAACGGAAGGCUCCGCGAAGGCGAAACCAUGAUUCUAGCCGGUACGGAAGGACCGAUUGUGACCCAGGUUAAGGCCCUGCUGAUGCCGCAACCGAUGAAGGAGUUGCGCGUGAAGAAUGCCUACAUCGAGCACAAGGAGGUAAUCGCGGCUCAGGGUGUCAAGAUUGCCGCCAAGGAGCUGGAGAAAGCGAUCGCCGGUCUGAAUCUGCAAAUUGCGCACAAACCGGACGAGGUGGAGAUUUUCAAGGAUAUUGUGGCACGAGAUUUGAAGUCGGUGCUGAGUAGCAUCAAGCUCAGCGAACGUGGUGUGUAUGUGCAGGCAUCUACGCUUGGCUCUCUGGAAGCGUUGCUGGAGUUCUUGAGGACGUCCAAAAUUCCGUACUCCGGUAUACGAAUCGGUCCGGUCGUGAAACGUGACGUGAUGAAGGCCUCAACCAUGUUGGAACACGAGAAUCAGUACGCUACGAUUCUCGCCUUCGACGUCAAGGUGGAACGUGACGCGCAAGAGCUCGCCGACAGUCUGGGCGUGAAGAUAUUCCAGGCGGACAUUAUCUACCAUUUGUUCGAUAAAUUCAUGGCCUAUCGGGACGAGAUUAAGCAACGCAAGCGCGAGGAAUUCAAGACGAUUGCCGUGUUUCCGUGCAAGCUUAAGAUUCUACCCCAAUUUGUGUUCAAUUCUCGUGAUCCAAUUGUGAUGGGCGUCAUUGUGGAAGCUGGUAUCGUGAAAGAGGGAACGCCGAUUUGUGUGCCAAAUAAAGAGUUUGUUGAUCUGGGAGUGGUGACGUCGGUCGAAGCUAAUCACAAACAGAUUGAGGCUGCCCGCAAGGGACAGGAGGUGUGCAUAAAGAUCGAACCACUUCCAGGAGAGACGCCCAAGAUGUUCGGAAGACACUUCGAUGAAAACGAUAUGCUAGUUAGUAAGAUAUCCCGUCAAAGUAUUGAUGCCUGCAAAGACUACUUCCGAGAUGACCUAUUAAAAUCGGACUGGGCCCUGAUGGUGGAGUUGAAGAAAACGUUCCAGAUUCUGUAGUUCUGCGGCGUAAUGGUUGUUAUUCUAGUUUGUGUUUUUUCCUCAAACCGAUCCCUGUCAGCUGCAGGAGGAGGACCUGCUAUUUUACAUACCCCUCCUUUUUCAUCCUACACCCUAUUGCAGGAUCGAUGCAAACGAAACGCAUAACUACGGAAUAACUAACUGAAAGGAGGAACAAAUCUAGUGAACGUUUUCCAUUUUUUUUAGUCGUAACAAUCAGCUACUGUACUCUGAACCCCAAGUAAUUUUACUUAACACAGUUUUACUCUGCUAGGUAUUUAAACCAAUUGUUUAGCAUCGUUUCGAAGAAUAUCUAGUUGUUUGGAACAUUUUCAAUGGUUUGUUUGAAUCGUAGAUCUAGGAAGUGAUUGUGAUUGCUAGCCGUUUAGAAUUGAUGACAGGGAGUGAUUGCAAAGAUUCUAAAACCGAAAGUUAUUGCAUAAGAUCUUGUAAUAAAAGAAAUCAACAAUAUC